AUGGAGGCCGAGACGGGCGGCCUGGAGGAGCUGACGGAUGAAGAGAUGGCGGCUCUGGGCAAGGAGGAGCUGGUGCGGCGCCUGCGGCGGGAGGAGGCGGCGCGCCUGGCGGCUCUGGUGCAGCGCGGCCGCCUCAUGCAGGAGGUGAACCGGCAGCUACAGGGUCACCUGGGCGAGAUCCGCGAGCUCAAGCAGCUCAACCGGCGCCUACAGGCCGAGAACCGCGAGCUGCGCGACCUCUGCUGCUUCCUGGACUCGGAGCGUCAGCGCGGCCGGCGCGCCGCGCGCCAGUGGCAGCUCUUCGGGACCCAAGCAUCCCGAGCCGUGCGCGAGGAUCUAGGCGGUUGUUGGCAGAAGCUGGCCGAGCUGGAAGGCCGCCAGGAGGAGCUGCUGCGGGAGAACCUGGCGCUCAAGGAGCUCUGUCUGGCGCUGGGCGAAGAGUGGGGUCCCCGAGGCGGCUCCGGCGGCUCGGGGGGCUCUGGCGCUGGGCCGACACCCGAGCUGGCCUUGCCCCCCUGCGGUCCUCGUGACCUGGGAGAUGGAAGCUCCAGUACCGGCAGCGUGGGCAGCCCCGAUCAGUUGCCCCUGGCCUGCUCCCCAGAUGACUGAGGGCACAGCUUCCCGCCGACGCCCACCCGGAUUGCUCCUCAAGCGGCGAGACUGCGGUGGACCUGGGGACCCGACGCCGCCCCGGCUGCGCACGAAGGGCCGAUGGAAUGGACUUAGAAACCCUAACACUGAGGAAGGCCCCUGACUCUCGCUGGCGGGGCAGUAGGGGGACUGGAGGCUGGAGUGGAGGGACUUACUGGGGGCUGGGUGGAGGCUAAUAAACUGAGGCGGAAGCAGA